GGUGAAUGGGACUACUACGUCGUUCUAUCUAGCUUUCUCUCUCGAGCGCGUCAGGCGGUGAGUGAAGCGGACGGAGCAGACACGAGCAAACUCAUCUUCGACAACGAGCAUAUCUCACCUGACUCCGAGUUCCAGACCAAACUACCACCGAACAACCACAACCACAACGUCAACACAGAAAAGGCGCAGCAGUCAUCGUCCGAGUGUCGCUCGCUCGCUCAGUUGUCGCGUGGCCCCCCCCACGACGACGGCACACACACACACACACCGACAGACUCAACAGACAAACCCUCCGCGACACGCUCUCGUCCCUCUUCAUCACUUCUUCACGCAGCGACACAACACACAUCUCCUCUCCCUAGGACCUCCUCCACCUCCCCCUCCCCAUCAUCGCCAGCGACAUAAGCAGAUCCAUCGCCACCGGAUACAGAGGCGCAGAAUCAGACUGCGCACCAACCUCCCCAGACAUCUACGCCAGGAGGGCUGCAGCCUGCAACUGCAAACACGAGAGAAAGCGAGAGAGAGUGAGAGGCACAAAAAAAAGUUCGAGUGAGACACUAGGAGGUAUCACCUUUCACUACUGUAAGAGAAGCCGGGAGGGUUGGCGAAAGUGGGCGAGAGUUGCAUAACACCAAGCAUCCCCGGAUCACAGAGUCACAUUGCACUGCCGACCUCCCAUCACGUGGGGCACUUGUGUCGGGCCAUCCUUUGCCUCGUCGGGCGCAACUAAUCUGCAGCACCACGUCAUUUCCACCCUCCCCGCCACCAUCCGGCUCGUAGUACGGGCGGGUUACGGGUAGGAGGGAGGUAGAUAGGUCGGUAGCAGCCUAGGAGGGGAGCCACCUGAUAUGGAGGGUGUCGUCGAGAAUGCGGGCGAGCUGGUAGGCUGGGCUACGGACAAGUAUUUUGAUUCGGGCUGGGAACGCAGUCGCAAAUUCAUCAACGGGAAGAAAGUCGAAUCGGUAUAUCGGCCCUUACCAGCAGUCGCACGAGAGCAGCAGCAGCAGCGCGCAAAGAGCGAGGCUGCGAGAAGUAAGCACGCCUCUGCGUCGUCUGCAAGCUCGCAAGACCCGAGAGAGCCCAAAGAGCGUCAGUCCGCAGCAUCGAAAGGCCGCCCUUCUCGGCUGAGGUCACCCGACUACGAUCGUGGUGCAGGUCGCACUGCCCAGAGCCGCCCGCCGCCGCCGCCGCCAUCAAAUUAUUAUCCUGAUCCCGUCAGCGCAGAACGGCGAGGCAACACCGCAGCACCAAAAACCCAAGUCGCUACCCUUCCGGCGUCGCGACGCAAGCAAGCCAAUCUCCUCUUUCCCGCGCGCACCGACUUCUUCACAGACGACCACGCCAACUCUACCGCCCUCGUCAAGAGACUCAACGAAGACAACGACGAAGUCUUGCGCGCAUACGAAGCCGAAAAGGACGACCCACCACGCAAUCCCGCUUCGGUCUUGCCCGAAAAAGAUCUUUGGACUCUCGCAAAGUACGACGGCGAUUCGAAGAAGCACGUCGACAAGUCCGAGAAGAAGUCGAGUAAGCAGCCGUCAACGACUGGCUCUAGGAGAGACAGCGCAAUGGCGUCCGGAUACAACGACGACUACCGGGGCAACACCCAAUACCCAGGCGAGCCUCGCGCACGCUCAGCCCAGCCGCCUCCAAGACAUCGCUACGAUGACGAUGACGACAGCGACUAUGAUGAGCGUUCCGGCCGCAGAGACCGAGGAGGUGCAAGAGGGUACAGCGACCGCGACCGAGACGAUGGCGACUAUUACGAAGUGCACGAGAGGUAUCGAGGACCCGUAAGUGCAGGGCCACUUGUUCCUGCCAACCGCCCAUAUGCCACGGAGCGUAGAGAGAGCUACCGAUCAUCGUACAACGAUGGCCCGUAUGCUGGCGGAGCUGGAGCGAUAGCACGUCGUUCGGAUCCAUAUCUGGACCGUUCUCAAGUCAGUCGUAGAAGUCGACGCGACCGUGACGAUUACGAUGAUUCCCGCUCGCGGUCUCGAAGCCGAGACAGUCGGUCGCGCUCCGGUGGCCGAGAAGCAGGCGCAGGAGGAGAGGGUAUUAAGCAGAAGAUCACAUCCCAAUUCGAUACGUCACAGAGAGGUCUCGGAGUCGGACUGGCGGGUGCCCUCGCAGGAGGUCUCGCUGGCAGACAGUUUGGUAAACAGCAUCGCCAACGUGAUAUCAUCCUGGGAGCUGUGGUGGGCGGACUGGUCGCGAACGCUGCUGAGAACAAGUGGUCGGAGCAUAGAAAGGAGAAGGGGAGGGAGGAGGAGUAUCGGUACGAGGGGCGGAGCAGGAGCACAGGGCGGUGACGAGCUCCCUGAAUGAGGUUUCUUCAUCCUUCGUCUUCUUCUUCCAUCUUGCUUUGGAAAGAAGCAAACAUUGGGAUGCUGCGAUGGAGUACGAACGGGCAGCUGCAUAGGCGCACCUAGGUAGGGUUUGGUUAGUGCCACUCGGCUGCAUUGGAUGGUGCAACGGAGACGGAAAUGGGGGAGGGAUCACGACAUCCACGACAGAGAAAACCACCUGUAAUAAUUAGUACGAGGCAGCGAGAGUCACAUGCAUGCAUGUAUGCUAUGGCUUUCUUGCAUGUCUGGAAUAGAUUUUGAUUCGACACCA